GAUGGCGGGUUCGGUGCGGCGCUUCGACGUGCUUGGAGACGAUUUUGCCAAAGUUUAAUGCUCGUCUCGCUACCUUUGGUCCUGGUUCGACCAUGGCCAACGAAAAGGUGGAAUGGGUGGAAAUCAUCGAACCCCGCACCAAGGAGCACAUGUACGCCAACCUGACGACGGGCGAGUGCGUCUGGGAUCCACCCAUAGGCGUCAAGAUCAAGCUGACCGAUGACAACCAGUGGUGGGAGCUGUUUGACCAGAACACGUCGCGCUUCUACUACUACAACGCCAGCAGCCAACUGACCGUCUGGCACCGGCCAAAGAACUGCGAUAUAAUCCCCCUAGCCAAGCUACAGACGUUGAAAGAGAGCACAGAGCUCGAAGAGCAGAUCUUGAGGUCACCGGUUAGAAAAGAGUCCGUGGGAACGCAGACCAGAGUACGAGAGGAACCGACAACAUGCACCGUCUCCACGCAGACAAGUCCAGCCCCGUCUCCACGGCAACACCGCAAGCGGGAAGCGUUGCGGUGUGGUGCGCAGCUGCCGCUGCACCACUACAUCCUGGAGCAGGCCAAACUGCUCGGCUAUCGGCUAGACCUGUUCGAGGAUGGCUCCUCGUCGUCGGCUUCCUCGGCGGCCGGCGACUGGGGCCACGACAACGACGACGAAGAAGAUUUUGCCGACGACGAGGCCAUGAGUGCGCCAUCCUCACCGUCAUCCUCGCAGGACGAGGGAGACGGCCACGAUACGGUGGCGGGUCGCUUCUCUGCCGAGAGUGAUAACGGCAGCUGGACGUCGGGCUCCCCUGUGGGGCACCCCGCGGCCACCCAGCAUGCUUCCCUGCGACGGGUCGGCCACUCCCGGCCGGAUGGUGGAAGCCUGCUGGAAAAGUCACAGUCAUUCCAGGUGGCGGGUGGCUCCCGGGAGACAUCGCCCGCCUUGCGGCCGCUGUCCGCCGAGCGCAAGCCCCCGUCCGAGAGCGACAUCGUCCAGUAUGCCCAGGACAACCUAAACCGGCACAAGCGGGGCCUGUUCCGGCGCAAGUUCUCCCUGCGAGACAUGCUCUCCUGGUCCAAGGACCCCAUCCGACAGCCCAUGAUUAUGACCACUGACAAGUCUCUUAAGCACGACGCCUGCCACCUGUUCAAGCUCAUACAGGCUUACAUGGGUGACCGCAAGUGGAAAGCCACACCCGAGCAGGUGUCUGUGGAGAUUGCCACACGCGGGUGGAGCCAGGCACCACUGCGGGACGAGCUGUACAUGCAGAUCUGCCGGCAGACGACGGACAACCCACGUGCCGAGAGCCUACUGCGUGGCUGGGAGCUCAUGGCCGUCUGCCUGGGAAUUUUCCCACCAUCGGCCACAUUUCGGCCCUACCUGGAGAGCUAUGUCCAGAGGCAUCGAGACGACAUGGCAGUCGGUGACUAUGCCGGUGCCUGCGCGCAACGCCUCGAGCGCGGUGCCCAGUGCGGACCGAAACGGGGCCUGCGGCGGCCGACGGCCGAGGAGGUGGCCCAGUCGAGGGCGCAUCUCUUUCGGCCAUCCAUGUUUGGCAGCCGGCUGGAGGAAGUGAUGGCGCUGCAGUGCGAACGUUUCCCCGACCGAUGUUUGCCCUGGGUGCAGACGACGCUGUCAGAAGCAGUGCUGCGGCUCCACGGCGCCCAGACGGAGGGCAUCUUUCGCGUGCCGGGCGACAUCGACGAGGUCAAUGCACUGAAGGUGCGACUAGACGAGUGGCAAACGGUAGACUGCACCAGCGGCAGCGACCCACACGUGCCGGCGUCGCUGCUAAAGCUGUGGUACCGAGAACUGCACGACCCUCUCAUACCCGCAGCCCUGUACCAGGAGUGCGUCGACUGCUGUGGCGAGCCUCAGGCGGUGCUGGCACUCGUCCGGCGCAUGCCGGAGCUCAACCAGCGGGUUCUCGCCUAUCUCAUCCGGUUCCUGCAGGUUUUUGCUGCCCCUGAAAAUGCUGCCCUCACCAAGAUGGACGCCAGCAACCUGGCCAUGGUGAUGGCGCCCAACUGCCUACGCUGCACGUCAGACGACCCGCGUGUAAUCUUCGACAACACUCGCAAGGAGAUGGCUUUUGUGCGAACCCUCAUUCAGACACUGGACACCAGUUUCAUGGAGGGCGUCCUAUGACCCCCGCCGACCUGUGCAGACCUUCGCUGCUCCAAGCAGCGCUGCAUCAGCCGACGGCCGGGCUAGUUCACCGUUCACAUUCUUCGUUGUGACGGGUCGCCAGUCAAAGGAAGACGAACGGCACUGAAAGCCUGAGGCAGCUCGGAGAGAAUGGUACGGAGGCCACACUUGUGAUAGAAACAGCAGUAGGAGAAGGACAGGAAUGUCUAGUAGCUAGGCCUCGCUUGACUACCGACAGUUGCCAGCGGAUGGCAGUGACUUUUCUUUUAGGUGCCGUUUUAUUUGCACAUUGACGGUGUUAGUCCUGCCUUCAGUUGGUCGAGUCUCAACAGACCAGGGUUUGAGUGUUUUGGUGACGCUUUCAGCCACUGCUAGUCUCAAAGAAACUAGCGUUGUUUCAAGCAAGUUCCCAGUACGUACUGUACUACCUAAGGUACGUUUGGCAAGUUGGUGCGCGGUAACACGCAACAGUGCGACUACGCAACUUGCCAUUGCAAUGUUACCUGUUGCUCGGAAGCAGUCUGCUGCCUUGUCUUGGGAGCUUCGCCGCCGGCUGCAAGUUGCUUUGUUAUGCGGGGUCCAUCAGUUACUGUUAAUAUUAUUAUUAUCAUUAUUAUUGUCACUCCUGCAAUGCAGUUGCAGUCAGCUGCGUCAACGUUCAUCUGCUGGCACCUUGCCCAUUCAGCGGUGACGCAGAAGAAGCGCCGCCAGCCUCCUCAGCUUUUUUCAUGCUGCUAACAUUCGUUCCUCUAAAUUUUAUGAUGCCGACGUUCUUGUUAAAUUGAGUUUCUCAAUUACCGUUGCCAGGAGGCAGUGUUUCGACCGCAAGGCAUUGCAAACCGUAACCUGUGAGGCCCGCUUCUGCUGACAUUUGGAAGAACAUAGCUAGAAUUCAGUCAGGCGCAUUGGGCUCAACGGUGUGCCUCGCAAUUUGCAGUUGCCAUGUGCCUGGCACUACUUAACAAAGAUGAGACAGCGGUGCUGCCCUGUCUGUCAGGUGCGACUGUCACGCGGCAUCUCACGCUAGAUGGCUUGCCGACACGUCACUUGUCAAUUCACCAGGCACGUGGGCAGGCCUUGUUAAUAACGCAGUUUCACCUUCCGUUACUCCAUCGUAGACGAUGUUCCAGUUGUUUUUGUUCUGCCAAUGAUGGGCUUUGAACUGUGAAAUGCCUUGCAAGAUGCCAUUCAGCCAACCAUAAGGCAGUCUAGGGCAGCAUUGAGCUUAUAGACGAACAGGAAGUUACUCCUCAUAACUGUUUUUCAUGUUGCGAUUCUCAAGCUAAGUAACUGGUAUUACGUGUAGGGUCAAGGAGCCUAUGAAACAUUACUCACUGGCUCAUUACUCUGACUUAAAUUAACUCCAUUUUCAACAUUGUAGUCCAGCAGCGUUUGUUAGGCUGUUUAAAGUUGCAUUCUCGAUACUGCCUUGGAUCGUCUGGUCAGACGUCUCGGUAUUCGACGCGACUCACGCUCACCAGGCAUCACAUGCGGACAUAGAGCCACUGGGGUGAGUCGUAGCGUUCCGCAGCAUUUAUGGUACCGGUGCGCUCGAUCGGUCAGCGGCGGGUUCCAGUAUCAAAUACCGCGGAGGCAGUCUUUACAGAUCGUCACCACAUCAUUGUUCGCUUUUUUCUGGAGUGCAGCAAGCAUCGGAUUGUGCCUACGCGGAGUUUCGUUCUGACAGGCCACUCUAUUGACUGUUCUUUAGCCUCAUUCCUGGAUGGAUUGCAGAGACGAAUGCAUUUUACAUUGUCACAGUAACACACUUGUUCAUUGGACCCUUGUAGUGCUUACAUUGUAUAUGUGUAACCGGGGCUCGUGCAAUCGCUGGGCGUGGUUUGGGCUACGUACAGCACAGUAUCCUCAUUCGCAACAUUGCCUUGUCUCUGCAGAGGCCAGUGCAUGCCUCUUCUGCACUCGCUGAGUUGUUUACAUGGCAGUGAUUGACACACGUUCAAGCCAGGACAAGUAAAUUCUUCCCCCAAGCACACUGUCCUAGAAAAGAUGUGCAUUGCAUUGUCGCCUGAAUUAUCAUUCACAUGAAAACAUGUUGUAUUUGUCUUCCAGGUUGUUUCGUGCCAGACGGCUUUGUGCAAUUUCGUUUCCUUGAAACGUUCAGUUCAGUUUCGCACUCUGUCAUUCACUGCAUAGCACUUCUGUACACCGUGGGAGCGUCAGCUUCAGCGCAGAGUUCUCAACUGGCUACUGAGCUUUAGUACAGCAUGCACGUUCAAGUCACAGAUGAUGCAGUCAGUGGUGGGUGUGCAACGAGCUAAAAAAAAUGAGCUAGGGCAACUUGAAGCGUUCAUGAAGCUUGAAGCAAAAACACGUAACACGGAUGAUGUGUACAACAAAGAUUUGGUCAGGCUGCACGCAGUUCCACAUCCCGUUCAGCCAUCAGACAACAGUAUGAGCACUGGCAGCCAUAGUUGCGUGCAAUACUCUUCUGUCGGAUGGUCCUCCAAAUUCGUCAAUGAAACACCAGAUUCCACUCCCUCAUAUUUUCUUUAACUUGCAUAGCAGUACUUAGUUUGCACCCUGACGGGUGGGCACCAAAUUGUGACACCGUGAUUUUGUGCGGCUUCGUUCAGCCUUUUUUUAGAGGGGACACCGAAAAUUAACUCUGGAAAGGUAUGCCUAAUGUAAGGAUAGUUUGAAAAACAGCUUUGCAUCAUUUCUUUAGCCCAACCCUUUUGCAAUGAACUUGGAGUUUUGUUUCAGCACGAUUUGGAUGGGGAGGUUUACCUUUGGACACAGCAAAAAUGAGUAGAAUAUGAUUGAAUGAAUUGAAUCAUUAAAUCACACAGGGCACGGUGUUCUAGUGCAGAGACCAGUCAUCACUUUUUCAGAUAUAGUUCACAGUGCAAGUGAAGUUGGCUAAAAAACUCAACAUCAACGUAAAAUUCAUUCAUCAAUACGUAUUGCUUUUAGAGAAACUGCGCUAAUGCAUUUAAAAAUCACAUUCAUCUUCAUCAUCUUGGUGGAAGAAGUCGAUGCACUUUAGCACAAACCAUUGACACUCGUUGUACUAUGCCCAUUGUCACCUGUUAUUGUUUUCUUCUUUCCAUAUCAUUAUCACUCUAUCUAUUAAAGGGAUGCCGAAGAGGUAUAAUAUAAAACUAGCCUAAACUGGAAGAUUAUGCCGUCGGUCUACCGUGGGCUCCUUUGGGCCUUGUGGUUACAGUAGCACAGUGCCCUCGAAUUGAAGUGCUUCACUUUGAAAGUGAAGCAAUGCGCACACUUUCGUUUUUGGGCCGCUGCAGUGUUCUACUGGUUAUAGUGCCCGACUGCUGGCACAAAGGUCGCGCGAUUGAAUUCUGGCCAUGGGAGCCACGCUACGAUGGAGGCGAAAUGCUGGAGGUCCGUGUGCUUAGAUUUGGGUGCACAUUAAAAAACCCCAGGUGGUCGAUUUUCUGGACCUCUCCACUACGGUGUGCCUCAUGAUGUCAUGGUUUCGGGACAUAAAUACCCCAACAAUCAUUUUAAUUUACACCAUCUUUAGUUCAUGGCCUAUCCGUGCGAUUUACACUCAAACCUCAACAAAGUUGCAUCUUACAAGAAAGUUCGUUAUAUCUGAAAGUUUGCAAUAAAAGUUAUUCCUAACACUGUAGCGAUUGCAAGACUAUUUUUCAGUAAACUCAGCUUCAAAAAUUGGUGUCGGUAUGUUGGGUUCCAUCGAGAACUACCAGAUUGUCUGACGGGUCUCGGCAGUCGAAGUGGCCACCUUUCAAACACCUCACACAUUGCGUUGGCCGGCACGUCAUUGCUUAGUUUCUCACACACGCUAGCAAAGCAGUUUCUUCAUCCAAUUCAUAACUCUUUCGUCCCGGUUUUACACUUUCCCGGUUUUUUGCGUCCAUAUUGACGCGCGUCUCACGCACACCUUCGUCCCCGCACAUUUUUUAUUAUGUUGUACCAUCUUAUUUGUUGUUCAUGUUCUUAGCUGAUGAGGCCUUUUACAGUGCCCUUUUUCUUGUUUUGUCAUUGCUUACUUUUAUUAUGUGUCUAUUCAUUGUUGCAAGACAUGGAUGCUUGAUUUUUUUUUUCUGCUCGCUUUUAUAACAGACAGUUGUUCACUUCUUUUAUUAACGUUGGGCAACGAAGCAUUUUAUUUCCAUGCUUGAUCAACCUUUCUUGUACGGUUUCAUCAAAGUUUAUGAUGCUGCCUGUUUUGUCAUUGUUCAUGUUUUAAAAAUUGGUGCUUGUACAUAGCUGAGUCAUUUUCCCUGUCUUGUAAGAGACAGCAAUCUGGCUUUGAAGCUUAGUCUGGUUUGAAACUGCCAUUUUGUUUGUUUGUUUGCUUACAUGUCGUAGCCUUGGUUCUGUUUUAUGCUCCUUUGUGUGUGAUGAAAAUGUAUGGCAAGCUGAACUUUUUGGCGUGUGGUUCAGCUGUGAUGCCAUCUAUUUGGGUCAAUAGGGCCUGGGUACUAAUACAGUCAACUUGCCAUAAUUCGAAACUUCAAUUAGUCAGAACUCUCGCUGUUUUAAGCCAGCAUGAAAAUUCCAAUUUGACCCUUUCAACACAGCUUAAGUGAGCACUUCUCAAAGCACAGUGGUGCUGCAGGAAAUUACUAAUUAAAGAAUGCACAUGAAGAGCAAUUAGUAGAAUGUGUCCGCGUUUGGUGUUCCAAAUUCUCUAUGCAUAGGAAGGAAAUUCUCUGUGCAUGGGAAGGCAAUCGGGUGCAAUACAGUGCAGGUAAUACUGUUCCACGCUAUUGGUGUUUUUCUGCAAAGCCAAAAUAGUUUUUUCGUUUGUUUGGUUUCUUCAAUCUGUGGGCCUGAAUAUAUGUUAAUUAAGAAAUUCGAUACUUGCACGUCAUGGCCCCCACAUUGUACAACUGCUCAAUAAUUGCAAAUCAGAGAUGUGUGAAUGUCUUUGCUUGACACAAGUUGACUGUGCAUGAAUUUAAGUGCCCAAACACAAGCAAUGUGCCCCCUGCUUUGAGUGCAGAAGGGAUGUUGCACACUAAUGCCUGUUCACUUGACUGGCUACUUCAAGCUUCUUCUUAAUAUCGUUAACACUAGCGGUGUAGCAUUGGUAUAUGGUGCUCUCCCAUAAUGUUCAUGUUACACAUGUUCCGGGGGUUUAGUAUACAACUUUCUGCAUCAAUAGCUUGAAGAACUGCCCCGGAUCAUUGGAAUCUCCCUCCCCCCUUAAUUUGCAUGUGUAGUUCAAAUGUGAGUAAUUUUACAUAAUUUUACUCAUUUGCAAUUCAACAUUCUUAAAAAUGUUCUUUUAAGGGCUGUGGGCUGAGCCAUUCAGUUUGGCACCAAAGGUGUUGAUUGCAAAGUUUAUUUCAUUUCCAAAAUUUGAUAGACGGAGAAUGCGACUCCUGCCUGCAAGUUCACACUUACUCCGUAGGGCUUAUUUUGUAAUCACCACCUGUGUUCAACCCACUGCGAUCGUUGGACAAGACAAGUCUAUAUGACACAUCUGAGGCACAGAAAAAUCGUGGCUGACAAGGCCUUGCUUUUCCAUUAUAAAGUUCAGCUUUCAGCAUGCAGUGAAUAGUGUCUAUUGCCUGGUGGGAAUGCUCUUAUUAUCCAUGCGUCCCAAAGGUAGAUUGGGUUCAGUCAAGAAUAACCAAAGUUCCGUAAUUCAGAUGUCUAUGUUAUACUUGAAAACAGAGCAGGCUUUUUGUGAGGAGGCCUGUUAUUUGAGCUUACUUCUUGUUGAUGGUUACCUUGACUUCAGCUUAAGUGACAGUGCGCGUUGUCUUGCCCCAUAAAAAUAUUAACUCACAUGAUGAACGAUAAGAUAUCCCGGCUUCGGACAGUGUGCAACACUGUCUCCCCAUUUUCGUGGCAAUAGUUUUCCAUCGGCAAAUAGCGCUUGGUGAUUAAGAAAGUUGCCUCUAUGUUUCGGUAUUCUAAUCACACGUAUAUAAACGUGUGAAACGCUGCAUUUGGAAUCAAGGUGUUGUUCUUAUCUUUUAUUUUCUAUUCUAUGGAGAACUGGGUCAGUAAUGAUUGCUUCGAGCUGUGACACAUCGGUGCACUGUUUGCCACAUCGUGUGUCGCAGUGCGGUUGUGCAGUGUGACUGCCCUAACCGUCACUUUCAUUGUCAGACCUGUUGCUGACAGCUAUAUCUCUUCCUGCAAACUUUCUAUCAUUUCACGCUCCUUCUCGACACUGGGAAGUGACUGCUGUCACUUUAUGAAAGUGCUCUGCUGUAUUUGGCUAAUGCUCCUAAACAACACUAAUAAUGAUGAGUUGGCUAUCAAACACACUACCGCAGUGUAGCACUUGGUACACACUGGAAGUAUAUCAAAGCAAAUGGGAGUAUUGGGGCAUCUUUCUGCUGUCACAAUAAUGAUGGCCACCUGGAAUGCUUGCGUUUCUCUAAGUGCUCGCUUCUUUCCUGCCAAAAGUGCAUGGCAGACAGACACCCAAAUGACACACCUCCUUGGUGUAACAGUGUGCUUCACUCUAAUGAUGCACCUUCACUGAGAAGUUGCUUGAAAAACAAUCCUUCAUAUUUCCACAGCUGAGAGUUGUCAGAAGCUACACAGGAACAGAGUUGUGGAUUGCAAACCACUGAGGCACUAGUUUUGAAGAGACUGACGACUGGCUUUGCUCGACUUGCGGCACAACGAAAAAGCUCCCCCUCGAUAGCAGUUAAGCCUGCAGCGGUUAAUUCCAAGAACACGCAGAUAUUUCACAAAAAGUUUUCUAUAUGAGAAGCCACCAAAAAAAACUUGAGGGCCUUCUCUGGUGACGCUGACCAUCGAUAGCAAUUCCAGCAAACCCCCUGGCAAACUUUUCAUUACGCUCAACGUUCUACUUUCACAGAAGUCGGUACUGCUGUGUUUAACAAGCUUCGUUCUGCCACUUUUAUUUUUUUUUAAUGUUACUGCUAGUAGAUUAAGUUCUUCGAAUGCUCGUUGUCAAAUACUUCUCCAAGUUGUUCACAGUUGCCACAACUUUCAUGCGGCCCGUGGUUUCUGCUAUUAGCUUCAUUCCGAGAGACGAUCAUGAAGGCCACAUGCUGCCAUUCAUGAUCGUACGCCAAGCAAAGGUGGAGCCACUGUUUUGCUCGCUACAAACAAAAGCGUAUCGGCGCAUUCCAGGUUAGAAAAGAGUAUAACCAAAAAGUGUGCCGUAUUUCAACACCGAUAUAAAGAGCAUUAACCGUGUGCAUCCAUAAAAAGGUCAGGUGAUCGCCAUCAUACGCAUGUGCACUUCUUUGCCGAGUUAGGUGCCACGACCAACUUUAGUGAUGAAAUAAAAAUAUAAAUCCACGUCCAAUGAGAAGAACAGGGCUCGUUUUAGUCAACAUGACAUACAAGCUUUCCAUUAAUGGGGUUAGAUAAAUUCGACGUCUAAGCGGUUGUCUGCCCCUUUAAGCCCGCUGAUUAUUGCAGUUUUGUGGUGCUGUCCGCAACUCUUUAGAGAUGCUGUGUCUAAUGAAGUAACAUUCAGGAAGUUAGCUCCCUACCCACACUGCUAUAUUUGCUUGGGAAAACAUUGUGUUUGCUUGUCGGAGUUGCUGCGCCGGAUCGGCUUGAAGCCCACGAUACAAAGUUGUGGGCAUGUGCGACGCUGCCCGACUGUUCUUGCCCUACAAUGCCUGUACGGCUAUGCUUGUACAAUUGUGCACGAUUCGCAACGUGCACCUGAAGCUAUUAUUAAACGGGGUUGUGUAAGCGGAAAUCUGUUUACGUCACCCGCUGUCACCACUGAUUGAAGAACUUCCUUUUCUUGCAUGUUGCCAGAACCACUAUUGUCUUUCGUUUCUUCAAAAGUGAGCAUGGUUCGCUCAACGCACAGUUGUCGUGAUGCUUGCUCAAUUGUUGUCGCCUGUGUUGAUGGUACAGGACAAUACUUUGAAAGGUUCCAGCUAUGCACGAUGGCAGGUCAACAUCCCUUAUCGUGGUGGUCAGCACUGGAAGCAAAAACAUCUAGCUGUGCCGCUUAAAACCGCAGUGUCAAAAGUGUGCUGCACCUUUGAAGAAACAUUGCACAGGCCAAAAAUCUAUAUAGUGCCAUGGCAUAUUACGUUUCCAGUGAUGUGACUGUAGUAAUAUGGAGCAUUCUGUGUUGCCAACUCUGUGUAGCGCAGGAGAGGCUGGUGGCAUGUGUUGGCUCUGUGUUUCAAAGAAUUAAGAGAGCGGUGUUUACUAACACUGCCACAGAACAUUCGUUCACGCGGCAUCGCUUAAUCGAAAACUAGCAGCAGAAAAGCCCCGGCUCUCUGUUCCCACGGGACGAUGCGAAUGCAUAGCUUUUGCAAGGCUGUGUAGAGUUGGCAAUAAGGGAGUGCUGUGGGCAACAACACUUAGGCCAAUGUAGUUAGUACAUUUAAUUGUAUUCUAUUUUCUAUCUAACUUGAUUGUCGGCAAGUUGCCGUAUUUUUUUAAGCUGUGGUUUCCCUGAGCGUUCUGUGCAUGCUGCCCUUGAACAUGAGCUGUGAAUGUAUUUUUUCUUAUGUGUGCUAGCCAACUCUUAAAGCAUCACUGAGAAGUUGGAACGGUCAUAGAAUAAGUCUGACGAACUCUUCCCAACACCUUUGUACUCGUGUAUAAUUCAGGACCUUUUGCACUGCAAGUGGAGAGAAAACUUUUGCAAGACUUGCUAGACCGUUACCGGUUCGGAUCAUUGUAUGCCGCAUCGAACAACACAAUACCAGAUGCGUCUCUCUGCAUCUCGGCUGUCAUCUACGCUUUUUUCCUUGCUUCUCAUGUUUGAUCUUUGUUGUGAUCGGCAAUGAGUGUUUUGCGAGCAAGGAUGUAUGUUGAAAGACGGUCACGCAGAAGCGUUGUCUCGUUUGUUGAAAGUGGCGUGUUGCAAUUGUGUCGCCGCAUCUGCCUGCUUGUUUAGCAUAGCAUUAUGCGUAGUGUUUUGCGGGAACUUGUCCUCCUCUGCUGCCUUGCUCAUUCAGCAGCAGUGAUGUGCAAGAAUGCGCAGGUUUCAUGUGCUAGAAAGAACUCUUGGGCCAGUGUCAGCAGCUAGGUGCAUAAAUUUAUUUUGUUGCGUCUACCUACCAACUGUAUGUUGCUGUAUGUGCUAUGCUGCCAGAUUUGACUCGGUUUAACUGCUGGUAGUCAUACAAGCAGCUAAAAAAAAAGGCGGAUUAGAGGAAUUAGCAAAUGUGUACAGUCUGGGGAUGAAGCUGCAAAAUGUUUAGUGCAGACGUGCUAUGCGUAUAUUCUUAUUUUGUGCCCCUGUGUUCGUUAAUGUCUACAAAAGUUUUUUUUUGUUGUACCAUAACUGCAUUUUGCUUCAGUUUCAAACUGCGUACUGCUCUUCUCACUGCCUUGUUGGUGGUCAUACCCGGCAGCGAGUGAGGGAAAGGCGUUUUCUCCAACACUCGGUCGUCGGGAUUCAGAGAAUUUGCGGACAAGCGUUGCCUGCGAGCACCAAGGCUGCACGUUGCUGCUUUCCUUAGCAAACGGGGGAAAUUGUUUCGUUCAGUCAGCAGGCCAGGCGUACUUGCGGUGUGCUCGCUGAAAAUGUAUGGAAGCUUGGCACCGACAAUUGGACAGUGUAGCUCACAGCAGCGACGUGGCGGCCCGAUCACUUAGUGAACAAAUUCUCUGCCCUUCCCCGCCCCUCCCCUUCGAGUUAAGUUCUAGUCUCGUUGCGUUUCACGCGUGCUUUUUUUUUCUUUUCGACGGUGUACUGAUUUCUUCUAUUUGCACUUUCGCGAGAGUAAAGAAGGGGUCUUUUCAUUGCGCGGCAUUGUCGUUUCGAUUGUACACACGCUGUUAUUAUAUAGAGAAAGAGAGAGCCUGCUUAAAUACUCUGGCGAUUCAUCAAUGAUGUAUGUAUUUAUUCCACGACGAAAAUAAAAUGUACAGUCUGUUUUAGUGACAAUAAAGAGAGUCUGCAAAGCAA